AUGUUGAAGGAGGCCCUGCUCGGAGCAGAGCAGCACCUCACCCCCACUGAACCUCAGUUCCACAUCUUCUCCCUGCAGGGGUGGGGCAGGAAACCAGCUCCUCAGCCCUUGCUGCGGUGCCGGGGCAACCUGAGGAACCAGAACCUCGAGGGGGCCCCGGAGGAGGAGCCCCGUUCUGGAUCUGCUCCUGCCUACCUGGCAGAUGGGGCAGGCAUCUCCCCCCGCCACAGAAGACCCAUCUGUAAGGUCCGCCCCCGGUGGCUCCAAGGGCAGCUGGUUCUUGCACAGCUGACCACGGAGAGCUGGUGGCCUAGCGGGCUGGCAGACACAGGCUGCCCUUGGCGGUGUGCUGUCUUGUGGACCAACAUCCACCCUGGGCUCCCCACCGGCGGAGUUGCCUGCAGCUCUGUGAGACGGGACCCGCUGGCAGCAUCCCAGAUCACUAGCGGUCGGUGCGCGCCUUUCUGCCAGGCCCCGCUGGGACUCUACUUCUCAAGGGAUGCUUACUGGGAGAAGCUGUACGUGGACCAGCCGGCCGGCAUGCCCCUGCUCUACGUCCACGCCCUGCAAGACGUCCCCGAGGAGGUGCCCAGCUUCCGCCUGGGCCAGCACCUCUAUGGCGCCUACCGCACGAGGCUGCACGAGAACGACUGGGUCCGUAUCCAGGAGGACACGGGGCUUCUCUACCUUAACCGGAGCCUGGACCACAGCUCCUGGGAGAAGCUCAGCAUCCGCAACGGUGGCUUCCCGCUGCUCACCGUCUACCUCCAGGUCUUCCUGUCGCCCGCGUCCCUUCGUGAGGGCGAGUGCCAGUGGCCGGGCUGUGCCCGAGUGUACUUCUCCAUCAUCAACGCCUCCUUCCCGGCUUGUGGUGCCCUCAAACCCCGGGAGCUCUGCUUCCCCGAAACGGGCCUGUCCUUCCGCAUCCGGGAGAACAGGCCUCCCGGCACCUUCCACCAGUUCCGCCUGCUGCCUGUGCAGUUCCUCUGCCCCAACAUCAGCGUGGCCUACAGGCUUCUGGGAGGUGAGGGUCUGCCCUUCCGCUGCGCUGUGGACAGCCUGGAGGUGAGCACGCGCCGGGCCCUUGACCGUGAGCAGCGGGAGAAGUAUGAGCUGGUGGCUACGUGCGCGGUGCGCGUCGGCGCGCGUGAGGAGGAGGUGAUGGUGCCCUUCCCCGUGACCGUGUACGACGAAGACGACUCUGCGCCCAGCUUCCUCGGGGGCGUCGACACCGCCAGCGCCGUCGUGGAGUUCAAGCGGAAGGAGGGCACUGUUGUGGCCACACUACGUGUCUUCGAUGCAGAUGUGGUGCCAGCAUCCGGGGAGCUCCUGAGACGGUACACAAGCACGCUGCUCUCCGGGGAUGCCUGGGCCCUCCAGACCUUCCGAGUAGAGCACUCGCCCAACGAGACCUUGGCCCAGGCCAACGGCAGCUUUGUGCGGGCAACCGUGCAUGACUACAGGCUGGUUCUCAACCGGAGCCUCCCCAUCUCGGAGAGCCGGGCCAUGCAGCUGGCCGUGCUGGUCAACGACUCGGACUUCCAGGGCCCGGGGGAGGGCAUCCUCCUCCUCCACUUCAACGUGUCCGUGCUGCCCGUCAGCCUGCGCCUGCCCAGCACCUACUCCUUUGCCGCGAGCAGGCGGGCCCGCCGCUUCGCCCAGAUUGGGAAAGUCUGUGUGGAAAACUGCCAGGAGUUCAGUGGCAUCCACGUGCAGUACAAGCUGCAGCUCUCCAGCGCCAACUGCAGCGCCCUGGGGAUGGUCACCUCGGCUGAGGACACCACAGGGACCCUGUUCGUGAACGACACGGAGGCCCUGCAGCGGCCCGAGUGUGCCCAACUCCAGUACACGGUAGUGGCCGUCGAACGGCCAACCCGCCGGCAAGCCCAGGCCCCACUGCUCGUCACACUGGAGGGGACAUAUGUGGCAGAGGAGCCAGGCUGCCCCCUGUCCUGCGCGGUCAGCAAGAGGCGGCCCGAGUGUGAGGAAUGCGGCGGCCUGGGCUCUCUGACGGGCAGGUGCGAGUGGAGACAGGGAGACAGCAAAGGGAUCACCAGGAACUUCUCCACCUGCUCCCCCAGCAUCAAGACCUGCCCCGAUGGACACUGUGACGCCGUGGAAAGCAGAGACGCCAACAUCUGCCCCCAGGACUGCCUCCGGGGCGGCAGCAUCAUUGGUGGGCACGAGCCUGGGGAGCGCCGGGGGAUUAAAGCCGGCUUCGGUAUCUGCAACUGCUUCCCGGAGGAGAAGAAGUGCUUCUGCGAGCCGGAAGACAGCCAGGACCCGCUGUGUGACGAGCUUUGCCGCACGGUGAUCGCGGCAGCCGUGCUCUUCUCCUUCAUCGUGUCCGUGCUGCUGUCCACCUUCUGCAUCCACCGCUACCACAAGAACGCCCACAAGCCGCCCAUCGCCUCAGCUGAGAUGACCUUCCGCCGGCCCGCCCAGGCCUUUCCGGUCAGCUACUCCUCAUCCGGUGCCCGCCGGCCCUCGCUGGACUCCGUGGAGAACCAGGUCUCUGUGGACACCUUCAAGAUCCCGGAGGAUCCAAAGUGGGAAUUCCCUCGGAAGAACUUGGUUCUUGGUAAAACUCUGGGAGAAGGAGAAUUUGGAAAAGUGGUCAAGGCAACGGCCUUCCGGCUGAAAGGCAAAGCGGGGUACACGACUGUGGCUGUAAAGAUGCUGAAAGAGAACGCCUCGGCGAGCGAGCUGCGGGACCUGCUGUCAGAGUUCAACCUCCUGACGCAGGUCAGCCACCCGCAAGUCAUCAAGCUAUACGGGGCCUGCAGCCAGGACGGGCCGCUGCUCCUCAUCGUGGAGUAUGCCAAGUACGGCUCCCUGCGGGGCUUUCUCCGAGAGAGCCGCAAGGCGGGGCCCGGCUACGUGGGCAGCAGAGACAGCCGCAACUCCAGCUACCUGGACAACCCGGAGGAGCGGGCCCUGACCAUGGGCGACCUCAUCUCCUUCGCCUGGCAGAUCUCGCGGGGGAUGCAGUACCUGGCCGAGAUGAAGCUCGUCCAUCGGGACUUGGCAGCCAGAAACGUCCUAGUAGCCGAGGGGCGCAGGAUGAAGAUCUCGGAUUUUGGUCUGUCCCGAGAUGUUUAUGAAGAGGAUUCCUACGUGAAGAGGAGCAAGGGUCGGAUCCCAGUCAAGUGGAUGGCCAUUGAGUCCCUCUUCGAUCACAUCUACACCACCCAGAGUGACGUGUGGUCCUUCGGUGUCCUGCUGUGGGAGAUUGUGACCCUGGGGGGCAACCCCUACCCUGGGAUUCCUCCAGAGCGGCUCUUCAACCUUCUGAAGACAGGCUACCGGAUGGAGAGGCCAGACAACUGCAGCGAGGAGAUGUACAGUCUGAUGCUGCAGUGCUGGAAGGAGGAGCCAGACAAGAGACCAGUGUUUGCCGACAUCAGCAAAGACCUGGAUAAGAUGAUGGUUAAGAGCAGAGACUACUUGGACCUGGCCGCGUCCACCCCAUCCGAUUCCCUGCUGUACGACGACGGCCUGUCGGAGGAGGAGAUGCCCCUGGUGGACUGUAAUAACGCUCCCCUCCCUCGAACCCUCCCCUCCACGUGGAUUGAAAACAAACUCUAUGGCAUGUCAGACCCGAACUGGCCUGAAGAGAGUCCUGUACCACUCACGAGAGCCGAUGGCACCAACACUGGGUGUCCAAGAUAUGCAAAUGAUAGUGUAUAUGCUAACUGGAUGGUUUCACCCUCCGCGGCACAAUUAAUGGACACGUUUGAUAGUUAA